AUGAGACAGGACUGCGGAGGAAACCUCAUGUUCAACAUGUAUCUCUCAGAUCCAACAGAAAAUCUGUUGAAAGAAAGCAAAGGAACAUCUUGGGGUCCAAUAAAUACAGGCGUGCAAAAAGGCAGCGGGCAGAUCCAGCUGUGGCAGUUCCUGCUGGAGCUGCUGUCCGACAGCACCAACAUGUCCUGCAUCGCCUGGGAGGGAACCAACGGGGAGUUCAAGCUCAUCGACCCGGACGAGGUGGCCCGGCGCUGGGGAGAGCGCAAGAGCAAGCCCAACAUGAACUACGACAAGCUGAGCCGCGCGCUGCGCUACUACUACGACAAGAACAUCAUGACCAAAGUGCACGGCAAGAGGUACGCGUACAAGUUCGACUUCCACGGCCUGGCGCAGGUGUGCCAGCCGUCCACCACGGAGCAGGCCAUCUACAAGUUCCAGGGGAACUUCUCCCCGAUCCCCUUCUCCGGGAUCUCCAAACUCAACCUGGUGGCCCCCGGCGUGGGGCCCUCGGGCUUCUCCUACUGGCCCGGGUCCCCCUCCGCGGCUCUGUACCACAGCCACAACCUGCAGCCGCCGGGGCCGUUCGGCACCGUGUCUCCGUCCCACAUCAGCUGCGUCAACAACAUCAACAGCCUGAGCAACAUCAACAACCACUACAACUGACUGCCUGCUGCAGAGCCGCAGAAAGCGCACUGAGACACCAGGACAGCGAGGAUACAUUCCUUUAAGAUUAGCUUGUAAAAUUAUAAAAUGUACAGCCAGUUUUUAUCCACAUGUAGGAAUUUUAAAGAUUACAAUUACGACGCAUGCUACUUAAACUACUGGAAUUUUGGUUUUUUGGGGAAAAAAAUGUAAUUCUCUACAGUUUAAACACGAAAUUUAUUUGAAUGUGUGAUUUAUCCUGCAGUUUGUACUUAAAAAAAAACUCAAGUUAUCCAAUACAGCUGCGCAAUGUAGAUUUUCUUUUUUUUUAAGAAAUUAAAUCUGAAAUGGACAUUAUUUGCGAAAAAAAAAGAAUAAUAAAAAUAAAUAGAUAAACCAGCUUCAGGAGCAAUGCGUUAAUGCAGUGCAUGAGAGCUCGGAAGACUUACAGCUGGAAAAGUCCAUUUUGGACCUGUUUACAUGAAAACAGACAGUCAGCGAUUAUGCCUCCUAUAAAACCACCUUUUCUUUACUUUGAGGCGCAUUUUCGAUGUUUAGAAGGACAAAUUUCACAACUUCCCAGUCAUCUAUAAACGCAACAUACUGCAAACUAUAGAGCAAAAAAAAAAAAAAAAGCAUUAUUUACAGCUCUAUGCUGCAAACUGAAUUUGCACCGUUUAGGAAAGCGAGUGCAAAGCAAUUAAUGGACCACUAGCACCAUCUAGUGGUUAAAUUGUGCUUCACUGAUCUUCAUUUGAAGUUAAUUUAAUUUGAUAAAAAAGAAAAGAAAAAGCUGUCAGCUAAUAUGUACAGUCCGUUCACUUUAAGUCCUGGUUUGCUCACAGAUGAGAAUCCUGCACACUGUAUUUAUAGGGACAUCAUACCUGAUCCACAUGCAAUAACAAUAGAAAAAACGUGCAGUGCACAGAGUUGUAUUUUGUGAAUAGGCUGCAUACUAUACUGUGAAUUCAUCAACCUCUCUGUAAAUACUGUAGAGUAGAAGUAGGCAGAAUGAUCUGCCUUUAAGUAAUUUUAAAGUGAAAUAGAUUGUGUUCAUUUACACAGAACCAUGCUGUGAUUAAACAAUUGUAACCAAUGACAAACGAAUCAAGUCAAUAAAAUCCAG